AACAGGUAAAAAUAUCAACAAAAACCGAUAAAAAUGGAUUUCGUUAUCGGAGGCCUGGCUGGUGCCGGUGCAACUAUUUUCACAAAUCCUAUGGAUGUGGUGAAAACGCGCCUACAGCUGCAAGGCGAACUGCGCGCACGCAAUGAACACGCCGCAAGAUAUAGGGGAAUAUUCCACGCAUUAUACGUUAUUGCUAAGACCGAUGGAGCAUUAGCCUUACAAAAAGGUUUGGCUCCAGCAAUGGUUCUAGGGUUCUGUAUGAAUUCCGUAAGGUUAGGCAUGUAUCAUAUAGCUGAAGUCCAAGGUUGGACGAAGACAAAAGAAGGUGACAUUAGCAUACACAGGACAAUGUUCUGGUCAAGUGCAAGUGGAGUGAUGAGUGGCCUUGCUGCCAACCCUGCCUCUGUGCUAAAGACAAGAAUGCAAGCAGCCGCCCACCCAAGUAUAGCAGUAGGCAGGCAACAUUCGUAUAAUGGUAUGGUUGACGGGGUCGUAAAAAUCUACAGAAUAGAAGGAAUACGAGGGUUUUUUGCUGGUGUUAAUGCUACCUGUUCAAGACUAGCUAUCGGUAGUGCAGCUCAACUUACAACAUUUUCGACUACAAAAGAAACAUUGCUGUCUCAUGGCUUGUUUGAGCGAUAUCCUCUUGGACUCGCAUUCGCCGCAAGCUGUAUCAGUGGCGUGAUGGUAGCUCUAGCCAUAUGCCCUUUUGACGUUGUCGCAGUACGACUUUACAAUCAGGGCCCUGCUUCGAAAGGUGAACUACUUUACAAAGGAGUUUUUGAUUGCCUGAGUAAAAUAUAUAAAAAGGAAGGACUCCAUGGUCUAUACAAAGGAAUAGGUCCGCUUUAUCUAAGAAUAGCGCCUCAUACAACCUUGUCCCUCGUCAUUUGGGACAUGCUAAACAUAUUAUUUAAUAAUAAAAACAAAUAACACAAAAA